UAGACUCUGCAGGACCCUGUACAAAUGACAACGCUUCUCUGACAUUAUUCAGCUACGCCACUCAACCGACAACGCCAUUUCAAGAUGUACUUGACAUGCGGCGGAUGACUUGCACUUUAUCCAUUGGUCCAACGGCCUGUAUAUAAGGCGAGGUCAGAUGGUCUUAUUGCCUACAAACAAAUCAUGGUCAAGAUCGCAGUUGCUGGUGCGGGCGCUGUAGCCAAAGAGAUUAUUGCGGGUCUUCUUGCCAGAAAUAAACACCAGUUGAUCAUCCUCACCCGAAAGGAUCCACCUUCUGACCCUCUGGUCCGCCCCGAUGUUACCUAUGUCAAGGUAAAUUAUCAGGACAAGAACCAGUUGGCGAACGUUCUCCGCGGAGUCCAUACUGUACUCUCAUUCAUCGCAGUACAAACCGACACGGGGAAUAGCUCCCAAAAGAACCUCAUCGAUGCCGCAGUGGUGGCAGGCGUGAAACGUUUUGCACCCAGCGAAUGGGCACUCGGCACUAUUUCACACACACCAUAUAGCGGGAAAGCAGACGUUCGUGAAUACCUUCGUCAGCUGAACCAAAAGGAAAAGGUCCUUGAGUACACUCUGUUCCAGCCUGGCAUCUUCCUGAACUACCUUGGAUACCCUUAUAAGACCUCCGAGCAUCUUGCACUCGUGCCUAUGCCAUGGGAUUUCCAGAAUCGCAGAGCUAUCGUACUUGAGGGUCACGAGCAUGAAGAUGCUAUGACGAUGACAUUAGUUCAAGAUGUUGCAAACGUCGUCGCUGAAGCCAUCGAAUUUGAAGGAGAAUGGCCUGUGGUUGGCGGUAUCAGUGGUAACCGAGUCACAGUCGCGCAGCUUCUGGAACUUGGCAAAAGAGUCAGAGGUCAGUCAUUCGAAAUCGAAGCCGUGAAACUGGAAGUCCAAGCCGGCGAACUGAAGACCUCUUGGGUCCCUCUUAUUACCCAUCGCGGGAUACCGGAGGAUCAAAUUGAGACCAUAUCUAGGGACUCAUUGAAAGGCACCCUUACUGGAAUUGCAAAGGGCGUCUUCGUAGUAACAGACGAGUGGAACCGACUUUUACCUUCCUAUCGUUUCACCAAUGUGGAGGAAUUUCUCUCUAAAGUUUGGACAGGGAAGCCUUAGACGAUGACGUUUAAUACUCGAUACAUGGUCGAUGACAACACAAUAUCUCUGGCUCCGCAGAACCAGGUCAAUAUAGCAUACGAUGAAAACAUUCACUCACUCACAUUCUGUUCUGAUUCGAGUCGACAUGUAGUCAUUUUUAAACUUUGUCUAGACCAUGUUGGAUCCUGG